GGGUUCAGCUCGGAUUCGGGUCUAGAUCAGACCCAUUCAUAUGCCUACCCAUACUGAAUACGGAAGCCCAUUCGGUCAUUUCACGGACCUAGAACCUAACCCCAACGAUUGUACUCCGUAUAUUUUUUCAGUCCAAAACCCUAGCUGGCAGGGGCAAUCCCAUCGCCUCGUCUUCGUCUUCUUCAAGUGUUUAGGUUUUUCAUCUGACGCCGAUUUGCUGUUUUUGUGUCUCCAUUAGGCAGGCUCCGUGAUACACAGCACCAAUGGCCCCGAAAGGUGAAUCUGCUAAGAAAGUUGAUCCCAAAGCUCAGGCUGCAAAGGUUGCCAAAGCUGUGAAAGGCACAACCUUCAAGAGGAAGGGUAAGAAGAUCCGCACAAAGGUCACAUUCCAUAGGCCCAGGACAUUGAAGAAGGAAAGGAACCCUAAGUAUCCUCGCAUCAGUGCUCCUCCCAGGAACAAGUUGGACCACUUCCAAAUUCUCAAGUAUCCAUUGACCACUGAGUCUGCUAUGAAGAAGAUUGAGGAUAACAACACAUUGGUGUUCAUUGUUGAUAUCCGGGCUGACAAAAAGAAGAUUAAGAAUGCUGUCAAUAAGAUGUAUGGGAUCAUGACUAAGAAAGUGAACACUCUAAUCAGGCCAGACGGAACUAAGAAGGCAUAUGUUCGGUUGACCCCAGAUUCUGAUGCCCUGGAUGUUGCGAACAAGAUCGGGAUCAUAUGAGCAUAAUGUUAUGUUUGAUUGUCUAGAUACUAUGUUUACAGUUUUGAAUUACUACUGUUCAGAGAUUCUUGUGAUUGUGUUCAAGUAGAGUUUAAAUCAGUUCCUAAUUUUAUCAACUAUACACUAAUGUGAUAUAAAUCUCUUAUUGUAGUUUUGUAUUGAACCUGAAAUCUUUGACCCCUUUAUAGACUAGUUCGACCGCCCAGCAAGUCUUACACUCAUAUAAGGUUUAGAUUCAAAAUUAAGUCAUCCUUCCAUGUAGAUAUGUGCUGACUGCACCAUUUUGUAUAAAAGGGGUAGCAAUGUAGCAUACUACUACUAACGAACUAAAAUUUUCAUAAAAAAUGCAUAGCCGUUCUACUUGUACACAUUUUUUUUACAUACUCGUAGUUGCAUGUGUACAUGGGUAGGUUCUGAACGAGCUAUUUGGGUAGGUUCUGAACGAGCUAUUUGUGUACAUAGGCAACUAAGGGUGCGUACAACUUAUGUGUCAACAAACAGUUUUUUCAAAAAUGCAUCACUUUUUAGAAGUGCAUGUGUGCAUUUUGCCCAGGUAAUGUUUUUUAUAUUGCACAGUGGGCAGUUGAGCAACAUAUAAAUUAGGGGAAACUACCUAUGUAGGACUAAAGUUUAUGUAAAUUUUCAAAAUAUAACCAGACAUUAUCAUUAUUAUUCUAAUCAUAAUCAUUAUAAUCAGAUGGAGGGUUCAUAACAAAAUGCGUGAAGUUGUUUGCACCAUAUAAAAAUUGUUGUUUAGUGCUGUGGUUUUUUCCCUAAGUUAUCAAUGUCUGAAAUAUAAAUUGUUUUAAGCAUGUGGCUUUUAGGUGAAAUUAAAAAUGACGGGACUGAAUUGAUACCAACUAAAUAAAAUAAGGAUUAAAAUGAUAAAUUUAUUAGUUCAGGGACUAAUAAAGCAAUAUGGUGACGAUAGUUCAAUGGUCAUUUGUGCAUUUUUUUCUUCAUAUUUGAAAACAAAGAAAAAGUUGAAAGAAGGAACAGAUGAGGGGGCGACUAAUAGAUUAAGAUUUGCUCCCGAAAUUUUCUAGGAUUAGAAAUUAAGAACUCAACAAAUUACUAUGUAUUAUACUCCGUCCGUAUAAAAAUGUUUGACACAAUAUUUAAGGGAAAAAACGGUACCAUAAAAAUAGCAGAUAAUUGAGUAUGAAAUUAUGAAUGCGUGAGUAGAAAAGAAAGUUAAAAAAUAUGAAAGAGAGGAUAGAAUAUAAAUUAUAUCUUACACCCGGGUAUGAAAUUUUGAAUGCGUGAGUAGAAAAGAAAGUUAAAAAGUAUGAAAGAGAGGAUAGAAUAUAAAUUAUAUCUUACACCCGGGUAUGAAAUUAUUAAUGCAUGAGUAAAAAAGAAAGUUAAAAAGUAUGAAAGAGAGGAUAGAAUAUAAAUUAUAUCUUACACCCGGGUAUGAAAUUUUGAAUGCGUGAGUAGAAAAGAAAGUUAAAAAGUAUGAAAGAGAGGAUAGAAUAUAAAUUAUAUCUUACACCCGGGUAUGAAAUUAUUAAUGCAUGAGUAAAAAAGAAAGUUAAAAAGUAUGAGAGGAUAGAAUAUAAAUUAUAUCUUACACCCGGUGUAUCCUGUACACCCGUUAUUUUUGUAAUAUGUAUCAAUUUUAAGUCUUUGAUUCUAUCAUCUUCCUCGCUGAAUCAUGAUGUUCGCUCCUGCUGCUUUUUUCUUUCUUCUUCGGCGCUCGCUGUUGCUUUUCUUUCUUCUUCCGCUCGCUGUUGCUUUUCUUUCUUCUUCCGAUCCCUGUUGCUUUUCUUCUUCCGCCGCCAUUAGAUUCACUUGUGCAGUUGUUGUGCGGCGCUAGAUAACUGGUUUUUUGUUCUACACUUAUUGUUUCCUAUUAUAUUGAUACGCUACAAGUAUUGGGGAGUAACAGUAUG